AUAAUAGGACUAAUAAUAGAAAAUAUAACUGCAUUGACUAGGCAAUAAAAGAAACCAAAAUGUUUUCUUGUAUGCUGGUUUGUUAUUCAAUACGCCACCCCGCAGCCGUCUCUAUCUCCGCCACCACACCGCCGCCUCUUCCUUCCUUCCCUGCCCUGGUCCACUAUAUCAUUAUUAUUAUUAAUUUCAGACUGCUUGCAGGUUGGGUUCUUUGUUAGUGUUUGCUGUCCCUUUCAAUUUACUGAGAAGUCCCAAAUCUGAUCCAUCGGCAUUAUAUUGCUGCAACAGCAAGACAUAUAUGGAUCGAUCGGUAACAUGUUGUCUCUAAUUUAUUCUAAUUCUCAGACAGAAUCUGCACCUCUGUUUGCACCUACCUACCUUGAAUUGACGAUCGACGACCAUCUUCCUCUCAAUUUUAAUUUAAUUUCUAUUUUUUCUUUAUAUGGUCCGUACAGAGUCAGCCCCCUCCUUUAUAAGUAUUUUCCUUAAGCCUUAAGCAGAAGAACAAGAGAAAGGCAGCUGUAGAGAGAGUAGUGCUUCUCCCUCAUUCUCAACCUACUUUAAUUUUAAUUUAUUUGCUACCUGCUUUUAUAUACAUAUAUAUAUAUAUAUCUUGAUUUCAAUUCAGCAACUUUCAUUUACUUUACGGCAGUAAAUGUAAAAUCCCUCCAGAUUAUAUAUUUCGUUACUUUUCAAGAAAAACGAUGAAGAAAGAAAACCCCCAAAAUACAAAUUUAAUAACAGCUCCUGGUUUUUGAAAGUAGGUGGAGAAGAAUUCAACGAUCCUUCUGAUGGCGCCAUUGUUGUCCCAUGUUUCCCAACUCCAAUUUAUCAUCCCCAAAAUCCAAAAAGACGUCUUGGGAUUGCAUUCGUAUCUCCUUCGUUGAAUUAACAUAUAUCCAAAGCUGAUUUCGAUUUCAUCCCCAAAUCCCUAAUUCAUUUAAUUAGCUAUAUAUAUAUAUACGCCCAAUUUGUCCGGUCCGGUUGUGUACGGAGCAUGGAGGGAGGAGGCAGGAAUGAUCGGGAAAAAUUCGAGACGCCGCGGCGGGCGGCGGCGGCGGGGAACGGCCACCACCACAACCAGCAGCAGCAGCAGCCGCUGCGGAAGUGCCCCCGCUGUGAUUCUUCCAACACCAAGUUCUGUUACUACAACAAUUACAGCCUCGCACAGCCGAGGUACUUCUGCAAGGCCUGCCGGAGGUAUUGGACUCACGGCGGCACUCUCAGGAACGUCCCCGUCGGAGGCGGCUGCCGGAGAGGCAAACGCCCUAGGCCAAUUUCCAUACCAUCUUCAUCUCGAUCCCAGAUCAUCGCAACACCUCAUUCUUCAUCACCCCCAAUUCCUUCAAGAAACUACAUCGGCAUGAUUUCCGGCGAGUCUUCAGUUAGAGCUUCGCCGUCGAUGGCUAAUUCCUUCUUCUCCGGCGGGGGAUUCUUACAUUCUGCAGCACCGCCUAGGGCCAAUCAAGGGGCCGCCGUGAAUCUAGACGGCGGGAACAGCCAGUAUGGUGGAAGUUUGUCGUUUUUGCCUGGAAUAAAUCUUACAUCUAUGAUGGCGCCGCCGCCGCCAAAUCAAUUCCAACCGUUGAAUGAUUUCUUCACAUCACAGCAGAAUCUGAAUGAUAAUCCUCCGAGAGCACUGACCAGUUAUUUGAAUCAAAGCUUUAUUACCAGAGACACAGCUGCAAGCUCUUCCGCCGCAAGCCACGGGCUUUGGAUAGGCGGCGCCGCCAACGCCGCCGACAGUCAACCGAGUUCGUCAAUCCAUCCAAACCGGUGGUCCGAUCAUAAUCAUUUCGGAUUUCCACCUUCGCAGUAAAUUGUACGGGCAUGCAACGAUAUAUUAACUGAUCGAAGGCAAGAAAUUAAAAAAGAAAGAAACAAAAAUCCUCAACUCACCCAGAUAUUUCUUGGAUAUCCAUCCUGAUUAGGUUUUAAUUUCUAAUUUUCUUGUUUCUGAGUUAUUGGGGUGUUUUGGGAAGACUUUGGAUUAAUUCCCUUGUAGAAAAGUUGGCUUAAUAUAUAUAGUUAUGUAAUUAAAUUUGAAAAUUAAAUGGAUUAUAAAUAACAAUAUAUAUAUUUAUCGACCUUAGACAAGUAAUUGAUUAGGUUUGUCCUUACUUAUACAAUUUAAAAGUUAAAAGUGGACUUUCAUACACUCUGUGUGCUAUUAUACCAUUCUUGUAAUGUUCUUUUAAUUUUAUUUUUAUUUCUUUUCUGACGACAUUGUAUAAUGUUUAGUAUUGGUCUCAGUUGUCAAUUGUGAUCAACAGAUGACAAUUGCAAGAAAGAAAGAAAGAAAGAAUAAUUGUUCCUACGAUGAUUAAAUAGGGUUUUUGUGGAGUGUAAAAGUUGUCAAAAAAGAAGGUGUUUAGCUAUGGGAAUAAAGCAUGAAUGGACAUGCU